GUCUGGCUUAGGACUGAUCACCCAAAGGCUGCCUCCCACCCACCGAAUCUAAAAAGGGGUGUACGAAUCUCGAGCAUGCUCCAAUUCCUUGUGUGUCUUUGUGUUGUUGUUGCUGAGUUUGAUAAGUCAUCAACCAUCGAGGAAUGGAUGAAGGCGUACGCAGUCCAAGGAAACGUAACAGACUGUUUAGUUUGUUCCCUUCCAGUUCGCCAUGCUGGUGAACCCCCAUUUUUUGUUACACCCAUUUAUCUUAAUUUUUUAAGCUCAUAUCCGAAUUGGUAUGCAAAUAUGACCCUAUUUUCUUUUCCCACUCGAGCAGCUACCCUAAGUUCCCUUUUGUUAACAUUACCCUAUACCACUGAUCUACCACACGCUCAGUUUUGCGUAGAUUUGUCAGGGGUACCCUGCGAUGUACAGCAAAACGCAAGGUUCCAAAUUGGUCCACCUAUUGAUGUUGGUUUUCAGCACAAUUGUGCCUUUUAUAUGAAUAUUUCAAGCAUUUUUAACUCAACCAAUCACAAUGUCACUAAGGAUUGGUACAAUAGCACAAAUAAUGUUUUUGGUUGGAAUUUAACUAGUGUUUUGUAUUAUGAUGAGGACUGGGAAAUUGAUUUAGAUGUUACUCCUACCCCUGUCCCCUAUCCUCUUUUGUUUAUAAAUCAGAACUGUGUGUGCCAGGUAGAAACCAAUCGCAAUAAAAAUGGUAGCCUACGUAUAACCCCCUUUUUCUCGCUGCAUGGAACUAACAUAGCCCUCGUAGAUGCCAACGAAGGAUCUGAUCCCUGGUGCAGUGACUAUCCUCGCCUCCAGUUGUUAUAUCCGGGACAUUUUUGGCUUUGCGGGAGUCGAGCCCACUCUCGACUACCCACCAACGCAAAAGGACGUUGUACCUUUGGUUAUGUAACCAUCCAAGGAGGAGGCAUUUAUGUAUGAGGCUCUACUCAACCUCGGUUUGUUGGUCGUGAUAAGCGUGACAGGAAUUCGUUUUGGUCCCUAAUAAAAAUUUGGUUUGGAAAACUGACAAUGGCAACCUUCACCUUUAAUCCCAUUGGUAAUCUUUUACUGUAUGAAUGUUUGGAACUGCAAUCCCAGGCCAUUGAGCGCCUUG